AUGGACAAAGAAGUGUUAUCCCAUGUUUUUAUUUACACUGAAAGUUUUUCAACUGUAUUCAAAUUGAUGUGUGUUUCCAAGAAAUGUCAAGACGUCUUCCACUCUCUUAAGAUAAACCCAUACAUCACUGACGUCUUUCUCCCAAACAAGUUAUUUAAAUAUUUCCCAAGUCUCAUUACUUUACGUUUUCCUAUCGACAAAAUCAGACUAUUUGAAAAAGAAGAAAUCAAUCAAAUUAAAUUUAUCGACUUGGGUCUUCACACCAAGACUGAUAUGACAGUAGUACCACCACAUUUCAUCACAAAGAUUGUCGCAAUCUACAUCAACGCUAACACCACUUUCAGUCUGACUGGCUGCACUAAAUUAUUAACUGCAAAACUCAAUGUAACCAAUAACAAGGACCUCAACGUGGCCUGCAUCCCAAACCUCAGGACUCUUUAUUAUGAAACCCAACUCCCUAAUAUCUCGAUGAAAAAAAUUAGAAAAAUGAGUGAAUUAAACAAAAACCUCAAUCUCAUAAUUCUUCCCCACUCAUCUCAAAAUUACAGCCCCGUCACGGUGUCCCGGGGGUCUGUUAAGUUUGUCCAAGAUCUACUCACUGAGAAACACACCCCUUCUAUUGAAGGCAACAUAUUCAGAGCAAAAACCGACUCUUUUAUUAUAGAAGAUUAUGAGAACAUGCUAUUUCAUAGUCAGGUAUCAGAAAUACAUAUAGAGUGUACUACAAUGGGUGUUUUGACGUUAGAUUUGGAAAGGUUCAAACUCCUCACUGUGUUGGAAAUAAUAAGUGAAGACGUUAAGAACUUGACUGUGACACUCCCGACGUUCCACGAGACAAAUACAAAUCGCGUGAAGAUUGUGUCGAAAGCAAAGAACUUGAUAAUAAAUCGGCUUGAGUGCUCAUCAAAAUUUGAGGAAAUGUAUUUGGAAGGGUCGAUGAGGAAUUGUCUUUUUAAGACGGGAAGUGUGAUUGAGAAAUUAACACUCAAAACGACUGCACAGGUUACAAAUACAAAUGUUGAAAAAGUGAGUUGGAAAGAGAUUACGUAUGAAGGGAAUUUUGGCGCAAAGGAAUUGACCGUCACGCCAUUCCGGAGCCGCAUCAUUAAAGUCAACAUCCCCACAUUAAAAACGUUUUUUGUGAUUUAUGAAAACAAAAAACAAAAAUUUGUGGAUGUCAAAAAUUGGUUCAAAAAAGAAGUGGCAGAAAAAAUCGGCGAUUGUAGGUAUGCUGCAUACCUCGUCGAACAAGGGAAGCCUAACAAGUUACUUGUAUCAAACGAUGAAGACGUUUUGAAAGAGGUGAAAAAGAAAGAGGACGUUCUACAAUCGGACAAAGAGGACCUUGGGAUGUACGAGGACUUGGAAUCAAAGUACGAACCAAUGAGAAGAGAAAAACCAAAUGAGUGGUGGUGA